CCCUUUUUCGUAAGAGUAAGACAAGCUGUUCUUGUCCAGAGUAGCAUCAACCUCCUUCUAUAAAUACCCAUCCAUCGUAAGUUCGUAACAGAGCAUAAGCAACAACAGCCAUGGCCAUACAGAAAUCUCUCUCUCUUGCUUUUCUUCUUUUAUUAUUAGAAUUUCUUUCUUCCAAUGCCUUUACAACAGCAGCAGCAUCCACACUUGGAGAAGCAGAGGCUCUCAUGGAAUGGAAAGCCAGCCUCUUGUCACCACAAGCUCUCCAAUCAUGGUCACUUCCAUCUGCUAAUGCUAGUGCCAACACAAUCUCUCCAUGCAAAUGGUAUGGGAUCUCCUGCAACGGCUUUGGAAGCGUAAUAGAGAUAAGCUUACCGAGUGCAGGCUUACAAGGUAAGCUUCAUAACUUGAAUUUCUCGUCAUUUCCAAACCUCCUCCGUCUCAAUCUCAGUGACAACACACUCACUGGAACCAUCCCAGCUGAUAUCGGCACUCUUUCCAGACUCGUCUCCCUCAAUAUCUCCAUGAAUAAUCUCUCUGGAGUUCUACCUCUUUCAAUGGCUAACCUUUCUCACCUUUCAGAGCUUGACAUCUGGUCUAAUGAAAUAACUGGGCCUAUUCCUCCAUCUUUAGGUAACUUGACCAGGCUGACAGUCCUCUACCUCUCUAACAAUCAAAUUUCUGGUUCAAUUCCUGCACAAUUAGGAAAUCUCAAGAAUUUGGUUGAGUUGUCAUUGCAGAAUAAUAGUCUGACAGGUCCAAUCCCUCCUGCUUUAGGUAAUUUGAGAAACCUUACACUUUUGUACCUCUACAGCAAUCAAAUUUCUGGUUCAAUUCCUCUAGAAAUUGGGAAUUUGGUAAAUCUCAAUAAGCUUGAGCUUGAGAGUAACCUUCUAACAGGUUCUAUCCCUUCCACUUUAGGAAACUUGACCAAGCUUAAACUCUUCAAUGCAUUUGACAACCAUUUAACUGGUGAGAUCCCAAAAAGCUUCAGAAAUUGCACUAGUUUAACUAGAGUUCGACUCGAAGGAAAUCAGCUCAUUGCAAAUGUAUCAGAAGCCUUUGGUGUAUACCCACAUCUCUAUUUCAUGGAUGUCAGCAACAACAUGUUGUUUGGUGAACUCUCACCGAACUGGGGAGAAUGCAAAAACUUGACCAGGCUACAGUUAUCUGGUAACAUGAUCACUGGUAGAAUUCCUCGGGAGAUUGGGCAGCUGAAGCAGCUACGAGUACUUGGUCUUUCUUCGAACCAUCUAGAAGGAGAGAUUCCAAAGGAAUUUGAGAGGCUAACUUCUUUGUUCAACUUGAGUUUAAAUGAUAACCAACUUUCUGGUCAGGUACCAAAAGAGAUUGGAAGACUCUCCAAUUUGGAGGUUCUUGACUUGUCAAUGAAUCGCCUAAGUGGUCCAAUACCACCUCAAUUAGGGGAUUGCUCCAAACUCCGAUAUCUGAAAUUGAGCGAAAAUGAUUUGAAUGGAAGCAUUCCAUUUCAAAUUGGUAACCUGGUAUACUUACAGGAUUUACUAGAUCUCAGUCAUAACUUGCUCAAUGGAGAGAUAUCACCACAACUUGUGAAAUUGCAUGUGCUGGAAAAGUUAAACCUCUCCCACAACAUGUUGUCGGGCUCCAUUCCACCUUCUUUUGAAGCAAUGUUCAGCUUGCAAUCUAUUGAUUUUUCAUACAAUGCUUUGGAAGGUCCUCUUCCCAACAGCAAAAACUUUCAGAAGGCUCCUGCAAUUGCAUUCAUAAAAAACAAAGGUUUAUGUGGUGAAGUGCAAGGUUUGAGACCCUGCAAUGCCCCUUCAAUAAGGCAUGGUGAUGCAAGGAAAGGCCGCCAAGUUGUCAUCUUCAUUGUUCUUCCUCUCUUGGCAGCCUCGUUUCUUUUAUUUAUAGUCGUCGGCGUUUCUUCCAUUUAUUCCCAAAGACGAAGAAAUAAAGAGAAGGUGGUUCUUGAAAGGAGCAGCAGAAAUCCAUUUUCAAUAUGGAAUUAUGAUGGGAUUGAUGCAUUUGAACAAAUCAUGGAAGCGACAGAGGGUUUCGACGACAAAUACAUCAUUGGAAUUGGAGGGUAUGGAAAAGUUUACAAAGCAAAUCUACCAUCAGGCCAAGUAGUAGCUGUGAAGAAACUUCACCCACUUGAAGGUGGGGAUCAAUCCGAUCAAAGAAGUUUUAGAAAUGAGAUUCGAGCAUUAACAGAAAUCCGCCAUCGCAACAUUGUGAAGCUUUAUGGUUUUUGUUCCCAUGCUCAAUUCUCAUUUCUAGUCUAUGAGUACAUGGAAAGGGGAAGCUUGGCUAGCAUCCUAAGCAAUGACAGAGGAGCUGCAGAGUUGGACUGGACUCUAAGGGUGAAGGUUAUUAAAGGUGUGGCCCAUGCAUUAUCUUACAUGCACCAUGAUUGCACCCAACCAAUUGUCCAUCGAGACAUAUCAAGCAACAACGUUCUGCUGAAUUCGGAACUUGAGGCCUGUGUCUCUGACUUUGGCACUGCAAGAUUGUUGAUAUCUGAUUCAUCCAAUUGGACUACGCUCGCCGGCACUUACGGAUACAUCGCUCCAGAGCUUGCAUAUACAAUGAGGGUAACUGAAAAAUGUGACGUAUAUAGCUUUGGCGUUGUGGCACUUGAAGCGAUGAUGGGAAGGCAUCCUGGGGAGCUCAUCUCCUCUCUGACACCACCAAGUAGACAAGAUACACUGCUAAAGGAUAUGUUGGACCAACGUCUCCCGGACCCGACAGCUGUGGUUGCACACGAAGUCAUAUUUGUGGUGUACAUGGCACUUUCAUGCAUUCAGCCAGAUCCAAACUCUCGGCCAACCAUGCACCACGUGGCUCAAGAGUUGUCUAUUGGUGGGUCUUCCUUUUCUCUAGGGCCAUUCCAUGCACUUGCAUUACAUCAACUCAUGGAUCUUAAAGUAUAGUUGGGUGGAUGAAA